GUGUGUGAGGUGAGCGGACAUCCCCCGCUGUGGGGCUGUGUGUGAGGUGAGCGGACAUCCCCCGCUGUGGGGCUGUGUGUGAGGUGAGCGGACCCCCCCCGAGGGGCUGCUUCAGCUGAAGGGAGCUGUGGGGACCCCCGGAGGGGUCCCGCGUGGGGUGAUGUGGAGACCCCCCCUUCACCCGAGGGCGCUGCUCCAGGCCACCUGCUGCAGCCAUGAUGCCUGUUGCAACCAUGAUGCUUGAUGACACCCCGAUGUUUGACCCAAACAUUCUGCAUGAACUUGACUGGAGCGAGAACACGACGACAUUUUCUCCUGCUAUUUCUCCUUUAGAUCCAGGAGAUGGCUUGGUUUUGAGACCACUUUGCACGGCUGAUUUAAAUCGAGGCUUUUUUAAGGUUCUGGGUCAGCUGACUGAAACUGGAGUUGCAAGCCCAGAGCAGUUUAUCAAAACCUUUGAGCACAUGAAGAGAUCUGGAGAUUACUACGUUACUGUCGUAGAAGACACAAAUCUUGGACAGAUUGUUGCUACAGCAACACUGGUUAUAGAACAUAAAUUCACUCACUCCUGUGCAAAGAGAGGAAGGAUAGAAGAUGUCGUAGUAAGUGGGGAGUGCAGAGGAAAGCAGCUUGGUAAACUAUUAACAUCCACCCUCACAUUGCUAAGUAAGAGACUGAACUGUUACAAAAUCACGCUUGAGUGUCUGCCAAAAAACGUGGAUUUCUAUAAGAAGUUUGGCUAUUCAGUAUCUGAAGAAAACUACAUGUUUCAACGGUUCUUUAAUUAAGAACUUCGAGGGUUUGGGUUUGGUUGGUUUUUGGGUUUUGUUUUUUUUUUUUUCCAUAAAGACUGUUGGUGGAGGAGCUUGUGCUACAAACAUUCUCUUUGUGGAAAAUUUAUAGAGUUUAUUGCUGCAAAUGUAACAAUCCUUAUAAAUAAUGAACAUCAAAUGUGUAGAUCCUGGGGGGGGGGAAAUAUUACUGACAUUUUAGAAGGGUCCUCUGGGUUAGGAAAUAAGCGCUUAGAACUAAUUUUUACUACUGUUCAGUCUAAGUGAAGCUUUUGUUCUAGCUGAGUUACAAAGGACUCUUGUUAAAGGGAUGGUUUUUAACCAAAGGUAUAUAUUUUUAUGUCAAAUUUUUUCUUGCAUUGUAUUUUUCUAAAGGUUUGUGCUUCUUUUCUCGGUGAUGAAGUACAGCUCAGGGGACUGUUCUGCCUGUACUUCACAGAAGGAUGAUGUAGCUUGCUUGGGUAGGGACAGUGCUUCUCCUGGGCAGAAUGAGUGAUACAGAACAGGCGUUAAGUGCUGUUCUUGCCACGAAACCUCACUGAAGUGCUGAUGAUGUGUUGGUGUAUCUCAAGUUUUAUAGGCACUAUUUUCCAAAACCGAAUUUGUUACUGUUUGUGCGGGUAGGGGAGAAUCCCUAUGGGUCAAGCUAAACCGGAUGUGCUGAGUUUAGAAAUGGCUGGGUACGUCUCGCUGCAGGGGUCCUGCACUUUAGCUGAUAACUUACUUUGUUUUCAGGAUAAUUACCUUUUUUUUCUGACAAAAAAAACCCCAACCACAACACGUGGUUUGCGAUGGGGCAAAGGUAACUGGGAAGCUGGAAUGUCUGGCAGAGAAAACACCUCAUCUACAGUGGGGCUCCUAGUACUCGAUGGGAUUGUGAUUUGGGUUGGGCAGGAGUGUGUUCAGCUUCAUACUCGAGCUCCCUAGGGCUGGGGGGGGGCUGUGGUUGUUGCCGGUAACUGCUUAUGCCUAUGGCAUAGCAAACCAGCAGGGAAACCCCCACCCCAGCCUGAGGGACUGGUGCUGCUUUGGAGCAUCCCUCUUGCUAGGAGAUUGAAUAAAUAGUUUUAGCACUUUUGCCAGCAAUGGCAAGCAAAUAAUGUACAAAGCCCUGGUCUGAACAGUAGGGUUUUGUGUGGAGAGAAUGACAAAUCCUUUAUCAAUGAAUAGGGCAUUAUGAACACACGAAGGUUCGUACAGAGCAGCCGGUCGCGUUUGUGAACAGCGAGGCUUGACAAAAUGGUCGUUCUUUGUGGUGUGGAGAGGUACUUUAAGCUGUGGUGGGGUUCUGUUUAAUGUUCCUGAUGGUACUCCACUCACUGUAGUGUUUCCUUGGUGAUGUCUGGUUUAUUUAUUGAUUUUUAUUUUUUAAAUCGUUCAGCUGAAUAAAUGAAGACUGCCAAACGUG